GUUUGUUGAUUUGUUGCUUGAAACUGGGGCAUCGCAACACAUAUACCAACCUACGCGCAUGACGGCGCGUUCGAACCCAUCGUGCCUUGAUUUGAUGGUGACAAAUUGCGAACAGCGGUUGCAUGACAUACGAAUCCAGGAGCCCCUAGCUAAAAGCGACCAUUCCGUGCUGAUAGCCACUAUGGAACUGAACUUGCCGAGUGUAUCUCCGGUGGAACCAGCUUACAACUACUGGAAAACUGAUUUCGAUGGAUUAAAUCGAGCAGCGAGCCAAAUAGAUUGGUCUCUACCGCAUGUUACAUCUGUGGAGGACGGUUGGACAGUAAUAAAGGAAGGAUUG